AUUUACCAAUGGGUAAAAAACAAGAAAUGGAAUCUGAAGAGAAACAGAAAAUACAUAAUCCAACCAAAUCCCGAUCCUGCACAGAUGUUCUUUGUUUGCUGUUGUUUUUGGCAUUUCUUGGAGGUUGGGGGGCCAUAUCUUAUAUUGCCUUCAGUCAGGGUAACCCUCUUCAAAUAGUAUAUCCGAGCAACAGCUCUGGACAAAUCUGUGGAAGAGAUGGAAACGAUGGAAAACCAAAUCUUUUCUUCCAUGAUCUGACUAAGUGUAUUUCUGUCGCUGCAGCUUUAGGAUGUCCUACACCCCAGGUGUGUGUGGAAUCGUGUCCAGAGAAGACGACCUCUCUAUAUGCCUGUUUAAAAGCCUCCGAAGUAGCAGGAAUACCUCCUUCAACAAUAUGUUUAGAUCUACUGGAGGAGUACAGGGAGUACUGUACUCCAAUGUCUGAUGAAGAAUGGAAACUAGGGAAGGAAGAUCCACUUCAACUAAUCCAAGAUAGAAAAUGUCCGGCAUAUAUCCUUCAGAGUAUACCAGUUAUAGGAAGAUGCAUUCCGGAUUUUGGAAUAAUAGGGAAUUCAACUUCUGCCAACGAUACAAUUAUUAGUGAUGGUUUUGAUGCUAUACUUGAUGCUAAUGGUGAUACAUUAAAUAGUCAAAAAGUGUAUGAGAUAUUGGAGUAUAUGACGGAAUUAUUGAACGCCAGAGAAAUAUCAGAAAAGGUGUGGGCUGAUCUUGUCUCCAGCUGGUAUUGGAUUUUAGCUGGUCAGGGAUUGGCUUUGGUCGUCUCAUUCUUGUGGAUUCUACUCAUGCGAUUUUUACCAGGAAAAAGAUUUUAGUUUAACAAUUUGUAAGAACUUUCAGG